AUCAAGUGCACCCCAAACACACUCACACACACUCCCACUGCACACAGCACACACACUCACACACUCCUGGUGCGUGCUGCAGGCUGGAUGGUCCACUGGUGCUCAGAUCUUUACCAUGAAAUAAAGCAGGACUUUCUCCUGGAAUAAAGCAGCAGCUGUCUGCAGAUCUUCUCCUCCACCAGGCUCUAUGAUCUAACAGGUGUGUGCAGGUGUGUGUGUAUUUGAGAUGGGACCCGUACCCUUGAGUCUCCUGCUCUCUGUGUUGCUCCUGCUGUGUAUAAAUCCAGCUCUGAGCUCAGGUGAGGAUGACUACACCUGGUCACAGAGGAAGAUGCCGCUCUUGCUCAACAAACGAACGGUGCGUCUGAGUGUCUCGAGCUUCUCGGCUGAGCGUCAGAACGAGCUGAACGGGACGUGUGGGAUCGAAUGUCAGCGCGAGCUUCCAGAGCCGAGCAUGGAGGCUCUCCAGGAGAUGCUUUCUUACGAGACCAUGUACGAGAACGGCACGCGUACGCUCACGUCCAUCACCCUGCAGGAGCUCGAGAUCACGGCCGAGAACACGUCUUCAUCCUCCAGAUCACGGCGCAAGCGUGAGGUCUACGGCCCGGACACGCGCUUUACCAUCACCGACAAGCAGUACUCCAUGAAGUAUCCGUUCUCCACCGCCGUAAAGAUUUCCACCGGAUGCACCGGCGUGCUCGUGUCACCCAAACACGUGCUGACCGCCGCUCACUGCAUCCACGACGGCACGGAUUACAUCAAAGGAGCCGAGAAAUUAAGCGUGGGAGUUCUGCGUGACAAGAAAAAGGGAGGAAAGAGAAGACGAGGGAAGGGCAGAAAGGAGGAGGGAGAGACAGAGAAUGUGGAAACGGAGAUGGGAGGAAAGAAACGAGAGCGGAAGUCUAAAGGUCAGAAGAGUCGGAGCAAGCGGAGCGCGCCGUCCGGAAAGCCAACGUUCCGCUGGACGCGCGUGAAGAAGACGCAGAUCCCCAAAGGCUGGUUUAAAGGCGUCUCGGACAGCGCAGAGGCCGAUUACGAUUACGCCGUGCUCGAGCUGAAGAAGACGCAGAAGGUGCAGCACAUGGAGCUCGGCAUCAUCCCGUCUGUCAAAAAGAUCCCCGCUUCACGCAUCCACUUCUCAGGAUUCGACGACGACCGGCCCGGGAACCUGGUGUACCGGUUCUGCUCCGUUUCAGACGAGUCCAACGACCUCAUGUACCAGCAGUGUGACGCAAAGCCCGGCGCGAGCGGUGCCGGUGUGUAUGUGCGUCUGAAGGAGCCGGGGAAGAGGAAGUGGAAGCGGAAGGUCAUCGGUGUGUUUACGGGUCAUCAGUGGGUGCAGGUGAACGGCCAGCAGCAGGAUUAUAACGUAGCCGUGAGAAUCACGCCGGUGAAAUUCGCACAGAUCUGCUCCUGGGUGCGCGGAGACUCUAGCAUGUGCCAGAACACCUAAAGGAAUUAAACUACCCCGUCUUUUACCCCAUUUACCCCCAACACCCUGCUUUCACACUUUAUAACCGUGGAGUUAUCCAAACAGUGUGAGGAAGUUUAAAAAAUAUAAUCAAAAGCCCCGUCUGCCCCACCCCUUACCCCGUCUGCCCCGUCCCUUACCCCGUCUGCCCCACCACUUACCCCGUCUGCCCCGUCCCUUACCCCGUCUGCCCCACCACUUACCCCGUCUGCCCCACCCCUUACCCCGUCUGCCCCGUCCCUUACCCCGUCUGCCCGUCCCUUACCCCGUCUGCCCCGUCCCUUACCCCCUCUGCCCCACCCCUUACCCCCUCUGCCCGUCCCUUACCCUGUCUGACCCGCCCUUUUACCCCCUCUGCCCGUCCCUUACCCCGUCUUUGCCCGAUCUUUAACUCUUUCUGUUCCACCCUUUAUAAAAGUGUUACUGAAACAGCAUUAUAAAACCCAGGUGAGAAAAAAGUCAGCAAUAAUGUUGUAAUUUUUUUUAAAUAAUUAAUUAUUUUAUAUUUUAAUUGUUCUAAAGUCUCAGGGCUUCACAGACAGACCCUGUAUUUCCUUCUGUGCUGAUAAUCCAUCACUGCAACACACCAGCAACGUGUUAUAAACAACCUAAUUUAUUUUUAUUUUUAACUAAACCUGUUAAAAAUGUUUUUUUCAGGAUUCACUUGGUUUAAAAACGGCUUUCGGAAAUUAAAAUAUCAGAGCAAACGAUCUCAUCAGUGAUCUCUGGAUGAUUUUGGAACUUUUUUAAACACUUUUUCACAUUUGAUGCGUUUUUAUCGUUCGCAUGUCACCAGUUGCUUUUAUGCGAUUUAGCUAGUUUUGGCGCAGUGACUCAGAAAGAGUUUUUCUAAGAGAAGAACAUUUGGUAUCUACUUUUUGGGGUUUUUAAAAUUGUUUUCUAUAUGGUGUUUUUUUAAUGUUUUAUAAUUUAGUCAGUGUUUAAUGAUGUUUCAGUCAUUACUGUAGCCUGGUUUUUGAUGUAAGUUUCGUUAAAAUCGUCCUCAUGACUGUCUCACGUUAUAAACUGACGCAGACGCUCAUGUCGACAUUUUGGUGCUAAUUUAAUGUUUGAUGUUGAACGUUUUCUUUUCAGACUCGUCAGAGUGGUAUUGAGUAAUGUACUGUAGAAUUAUAUAAAUAUUUAGUGUGCUAAAUUUAAUGUUAAAAUUGCAGAAGGUUAUUUAAAUUCCAUCACCGCUGGACUCUUUUUUUUGUAAUGACAGUAAAAGACGUAAAUAACGGAGGUGUAAAUCGGGAGCGUUGCUGUAAAUUCAUAUUUUCCAAAAUGUUUUGGAUUUUUUUUAGGGACCAAAUAAAUUAUGAUUCAUACAAAA